ACUUGAAACUAAUACAAGACCAUGAAGGAUCUCUGACCUGGAUUUUUUGGACUCAAACUUCCACCACUACCACCACUGUCAUCUCUAUCCACCUGUAAUGUUUGAACGUUUUUUUUUGCAAAAGAACCACAGACAGUCUUGAGGGCAUCUAACUUAAAUAGAGUCUGAAAUUCAGUUGAUGGUGGUUUCGCCAGACAUUUCAGGGACUUCCCAUUCAAAUUUUUUUGUUACGGGUUUUUGAAAGAAGUCAGCAUGAAUCCGAUGUGGAAAGUGUACAAGAGCAAGGUGAUGAAGACUCUCAACCCUGAAGGAGAGGAAGAGCCCGCUGAAGAGGUGUGUGAGGUAGCUGAGGAGAUGACUCCAGUCCAACAUGAUGAAGGACCCAGUGCUGUGACUCAGCUGGCGAAAAGAGUGCAGGGUGCUGGGACGAAGGGCUGGAAGAGUGUGACUGCUCUAUUUAAUAAAGACGAUGAGCACCAGCUCCUGGAGUCUGAGACCGAGAGUCAACCAGUACCAGACCACCCACUGGCAGUUAAGCCAGAAGAGCCGACACGACCCAACAAACGCAACACAGGAUUCUGGGAUUCCUUUGCCACCAAGUGGAACCAGGCAGCAGCUAUGAAACAGGCUGAAGCAGCGGAGGCGGCCGUUGAGGACGAAUCCAACGGGACGAGUCAAGUGGAAGAGGAUCAGGCAGGAGCAGAGAACAUGGCUGGAGAAGAUGGAGGGGGCCAGAGUAACAGCUUCUCCAAAUAUGCCUCUCUGGGUGGGGCCAAUGAUGAUACACCUGCGUUUAAAUGGAACUUUGUGACCAGCAAGCUGGCCGAGCUGAAGAGCAAAAGCAUGACCAAGAGCAAUUAGCCAAUGAAGUAAGAAGACGCCAGCCAGAGAGACAGAAAAUGAAUGAAUAUUGUAUGAAUAUCUGAAUGAACCUGAUUAAUCACAGUCUCCAUAUUGGCUUUCAGCUUUACUUUAUGUACUGCUGCAUGACACACACACUUCAGGGAAUUAUGCACAACAGACGCUGUAGAAUAUUUUCCUGACCUUCUGUCAUAUAAGGAACAUCCCUGCUAUUUUGCACUAUACAUGUGGCCUAGUUUAGUUUAAGUUCUGCUAGCAUUUAGAAUCUUUUACUUUGAACCAUCUUCCAGACCGACAUAUUAGAAGUCGUCAAACUUAGCUUUAUUCAUUUAUUUUAUAAGUAGCUACAGUCUGUAAAUUCCAAUAAUAUUGCAUAAAUAUUCAAUAUUUAGAAAAAGGCAAUCACUGACCUAGUAAUGUAGACUAGCAUGGUUUGUGAAGUGGACAUUUUGUUGAUGUAAACACACUUGGAUUGACUCAGGAACAAAGAUGAGCGGAAAGAAAGUUGUGUCAUGACAUAGACUUUGUCAAAUUUCACAGAUUUCCAUGAAUGUUCCAAGAACAUCACAUCAGCAGGUUAAUAUACUGAAUAUACUGUAGUGUCUCUGUACCACUUUAGCAAGCUAACUACUGACAUUUCUUAAUUAGCAUGCCUAUACAAUCAUUUAAAUGAGACAAAAGCAAAUACUGUAUAAAAUAGUAGCUAGAUGUUAAUGAAAAUGUAAAGUAAUAUAUAAUAAGAUAUAUAUAAUAGGUUAAUGAGGUAGAAUGGGCACAAAGAAUGCACUUUUGUCCAGGAGGAAAAUAGGAUCAUGUGAGUUCUGAUUGCUUUCCACUUGUCCUGUUUCCUGUCUGGUUUCUCCCAAAUUCAGUUUGGUUUAAUAUAUGAAACCAGACUCGGAGCUUCUAUGUGUGUGUGUGUGUGUGUGUGUGUGUGUGUGUGUGUGUGUGUGU